AGGUUGCGUCGUCUGGUGAAGCUAGCUGCGGGGAGAACAUAGCUCAUUGCUGAGGCAAGCAAAUCUGAAGAUGUUGCUAUCUUGAAUUGCGACUCCGCUGAGUCGGAGAGAGUGAAAAACGGAGUCGCUGUAUCCCAUGAAAGCUCAACUGUUGAUUCAGAUCUUCUCAUACUUCGUAUUAGCCUCUGUUUGUUUCAUACAAACAACACUCGCCGAUGGCGUGACCCCUGAGGAAGCGAAAGAACUUCGAGAUGAGGUCCGUGAGAUGUUUUAUCAUGCUUUUAAUGGAUAUAUGGAGCAUGCUUUUCCACGGGAUGAACUGAGGCCUCUUUCAUGUGGGGGAGAAGAUUCACUUGGUGGUUAUGCCUUAACUUUGAUUGACUCGUUAGACACUUUGGCUUUACUUGGUGACCAGGAACGCUUCACAAGUUCAAUUGAAUGGAUUGGUAAAAAUCUUCGGUUUGAUAUAAAUAGAACAGUUUCUGUUUUUGAAACCACCAUUAGGGUGCUUGGAGGCUUACUUUCUGCUCAUCUAAUUGCCAGCGAUUAUGCUACGGGUAUGAGAGUUCCAUCAUAUGACAACCAGUUACUGAACUUAGCUGAAGAUCUUGGCAGGAGGUUGUUACCUGCAUUUGACACUCCUACAGGAAUUCCAUUUGGUUCUGUAAAUUUGUUACAUGGAGUUGAUAAACAUGAAAGCAAGAUUACUUCAACAGCUGGAGGAGGGACAUUGACUCUUGAAUUUGGAGUUCUGAGCCGAUUGACAAAUGAUCCCAUUUUUGAACGAGUGACUAAGAAUGCAGUGCAUGGACUUUGGGCACAGCGUUCAAGGCUUAAUCUAGUUGGUGCUCAUAUUAAUGUUUUUACUGGUGAAUGGACCCAGAAGGAUGCUGGGAUAGGAACUAGUAUCGAUUCUUUCUAUGAGUACCUUUUAAAGGCUUAUUUAUUAUUUGGAGAUGAGGAGUACUUGUAUAUAUUUCAAGAAGCUUAUGCUGCUGCCAUGCAUUAUCUUUACAAUGACCCUUGGUAUGUAGAAGUGAAUAUGGAUUCCGCUGCUAUUGUCUGGCCAUUAUUUAAUAGUUUGCAGGCAUUCUGGCCUGGCCUUCAGGUUUUAGCUGGAGACGUUGAUCCUGCAAUUCGUACCCAUGCUGCCUUCUUUAGUGUAUGGAGAAGAUAUGGUUUUACACCAGAGGGUUUUAAUCUUGCGACCCUAAGUGUUCAGCAUGGACAGAAAAGCUAUCCUUUGAGGCCAGAGUUAAUAGAGAGCACAUAUUGGCUGUACAAAGCUACCAGAGAUCCCAGAUAUCUUAAUGCUGGGCGGGACAUAGUUGCUAGUUUACAGUAUGGGGCUCGAUGCCCUUGUGGAUAUUGUCACAUUUCGGAUGUUGAGUCUCACCAUCAGGAAGAUCACAUGGAGAGCUUUUUCCUAGCUGAGACGGUCAAGUAUCUGUGGCUUCUAUUUGAUUUGGCUGUGGGUCCCGAUAACAUUGUGGAAAAUGGGCCAUACAAGUACAUUUUCAGCACUGAAGGCCAUUUACUGCCAGCUACUCCUCAAAUAUCUCUUGUCAAGGAACAUUGUUUAUAUUAUGGGUCAUAUUGUAGAAUGAAUGAUGUAAGACAAAGACCUUUUACUUCAGAGAUUGAAAAUGAUCUACAAGAAUCCAAUGAUAGUACAAUCCAUGGAAGCGGGACUCAUGCUGAGUAUAUGUCAGAUUAUAAACCAACUUCUAUUUCAGGUUUGAUCAAGGGUCUUUGCCCAGGAUUAACUCAUGGGCAGAAGUUUGGUAUAUCAUAUGUGCAUCCACCUGAUCCGCCUCGUGAUUAUGAGACCGUGACCGUUCAACAGAAAGAACCGACCGUUGUACAAAGCCAUGCGGUAUUGGUCAUUCCAAGCCAAAGUCCCAAACCGGACCAUAACAGUGACCAGAAUGAUAAUCAGACUCAUGAAUCUGAUGAGUCUACCUGAAGUGUUAGGAGGGGGACUUCUGGUUCUGGUAGAACUCAAUUUGAUAGACCCCAUGCAGCAUGAAAGAUCGUGUAUGAUCUUGGGCUAAGGAAGUGGAUCAUCAAGGGUGAAGAAUAUUUGUGCCUGUGAAACUCUGGGAUUGCUACCUGAAACAGAUCUUUCAUUUUCAUUAUUUUGUUCAUAAAGCCAAAAGCCUGAUUUUGAUCAUUCUGGCAAAUUUUUUGAUACCGUGGGCAUGAAUGAAGCUAGAGGCCUGAAUUAUGGAUGAACUGGUCUGUUAGAUGCGCCUUCUCAGACUGUUGCCAGAGGCUGAGACAUAAUUUUUGCCUUGUGAGUUACGAUCUGCACUGGGCUCGUGUAACAGAAUUUGUAAUUUUAAAUUUGUUUUUGUUGUGUCAUUAUUUCCAACACAUUUCUGUAACCUGUUGUAGAAAUCUCAUUUGUCUAAAGAUGAUAGGCAUUGUUGUCAGAUACUCGAAGGUGGACCACAGUUUCAAAUGGUAAUGUAGCGAGCCAUUCUCUUA